GGAGCCAGUAGAGAGGGCGGGAACGGGGUCCCCCGGCGCUGCCUACUGUGUGCAGCACCGGCUGCACCGAGCGGAGCCAUGAGUUGGACCUGCCCGCGUUGCCAGCAACCUGUUUUCUUCGCGGAGAAGGUGAGUUCCCUGGGCAAGAACUGGCACCCCUUCUGCCUGAAAUGUGAGCGUUGCCACAGUGUCCUGUCCCCAGGAGGGCAUGCGGAGCACAACGGGAGGCCAUAUUGCCACAAGCCAUGCUAUGGGGCUCUCUUUGGACCCAGGGGGGUAAACAUUGGUGGUGUGGGCUCCUACCUCUACAACUCCCCCACUCCGACUCGUGCCAGCACCACGCCCCUCAGCCCCAGCAGCUUCAGCCCCCCCAGGCCCCGGACUGGCCUCCCCCAGGGCAAGAAAAGUCCUCCCCACACGAAGAUGUUCACUGGGGAGACCUCGCUGUGUCCCGGCUGUGAGGAACCUGUCUAUUUUGCUGAGAAGGUGAUGUCUUUGGGCAGAAAUUGGCACCGACCCUGUCUGAGGUGCCAGCGCUGCCGGAAGACCCUGACUCCUGGGAGUCAUGCUGAGCAUGACGGCGUCCCCUACUGCCACAUUCCCUGCUACGGCUACCUGUUUGGCCCCAAAGGUGUGAACAUUGGUGAUGUGGGCUGCUACAUCUAUGACCCCGUGGAGAUCAAAUCCGAAUGAGAUAUUCACAGAAGAGGACAACCUAACUUAGGCCUCCCACCCUCCCUCCAUGGUCCAAUGGGAGCUACAGAAUUCUCCAGUCCCAUGGAGGUGGGAAAAGGUAGAAUUCUGGCUGCCUGGGCCUCAGCUCCAUGUAGACCAGAAAGUCUACACUUUCUCUGUGAAUUCCUCCCUUUCCCUUUCCUAUCUGGUCAUGGGACUCCGCCACCCCGUGUUGAAGGGUAGCCUCCUGGCCUUCCCAAUCGCUUUCCCCACCAAAUUCUGUAACUUCAAGGUAAUCAUAAAACUUGCAUUUAUUCUGGUUUCUCCAAUAAAAAUGUUGGCUCCCAUGCCUUCAACUCUUCUUUGCGCAUGAGGCCUAGACAGUGUGUUGGAGGGUGGGGAGUGGGAGUGUGGGGGUGAGGGAUGCAUUACCCGCAAAGUGCCAGUGAGGGAGCAGGCCAGCCAGGGAGCAACGAGCACUAUUCGCCUGGUCCCCUGGCCCUGGCAUUGGGCCGCCCCCAGCACCACACGUGGAACAGCGUGCCCACCAGCUCUGUUGGUACCAGAAGUCAUCAUCAGACAGUCCCUCCUUUAGCACCAUCUCUGGAAGCCCCUUAUUCAGCAUCUCAUUGAGCAUGACAACAGAUAGAUCCUGCAGUGAGGUCUGUUAAGAGGUUUCAGUAUCCAUUUGAGAGAGAAACAGACUGAGGCCCGAAGAGGGAAAGCCACAGGCCCAAGGUCACACAGCAAAUCGGUGGCAAAGCUGGGAUCAGAAGCCAGGGCCAGAGUUCAGUGGCUUCCCAUCCAGGGCUCGUCCCACAGCUCCAUGCUGCUGCCCCAACCCAAGGGGCACUUUUAUGUACAGAAUUGCCCCAGCCAUGAAAGGGGUGCCAGAAUUCUCCAGCAGCCCAUUCAUUCUAGGAAGUCACCCUAUUGCUGCUGGAGGCUGGAUGAGCACAGAGAGGGGCAUUGGUGGCAACUCCUGCCCCAGGCAGGGGGCUCAACGCCCCCAUCCCCGGUCACAGGGCCUGCCUUCUGCUCUCCCAGCCCCUGAGGCAGAACUUCUG